AUGUCUCGAUUCGGCGGACGAUUCGUACCCAACAUCGAGCACGAGGUGCGUCGUCAGGCUGUGGAGCCCAUCGCCAAAUGGCGUCAGGAAUGGGUGCUUCCCACAGGUACUUCGGCCGACGGUACUGCCUCAACCUCAGCCAGUGUAGAUGUCAAGAUCCUCAAAUGGGUCCGCGUUCCCGGAGACCCGAUCGUGUUCCCCGAAGAGCAGGACGUGUUGGCGGAAGACCGCAUUGCGGAUGAUGCAGCGAUCGUCGAGGUGCCCGUGCAGAGCAUCCACAAUGCGCCCGUGGUCGCGGCUCCCGUUGGUGGCUCCCUUUCCAGUGUUGGAGGUGGUCUCGGGACCAUUGCUCCCAAAGAGCCGCCUACACCCGCACCGGUUGCGCCAGCAUCAGCCAUCCCUCCGCACAUGAACACCAUCUCCGAACCCACAUCUAGCAUCCAUACUGCGGACAACACGCCAACGGACUCCAUCGCCAACACUCCCGCAGCUACCGCAGCAACGGAACCUGUCGCAUCGCCGGAAGAGCCGUCACCGCAACCGGAAGUCCAACCUCAGGUCGAGUCGCAGCUGCACGACCAGCCCCUCCCAGCAGACGUUCCGACCGAUGCGCAGCUCGAAGCCCUCGCAGAGGGUGCAGAGGCCGAACAGCCCGCCGACCAGGACGAUACGCUUCUCACCGCCGACCUCGCCGCUUCGGUGCCAGCGACGACGUUCGAGGACGAAACCCCCGGCGCUGGUGCCGGUGCUGCAGACGUCGAGAUGAAGGAUGCUUAG